UUUCGAGUUGGGCUGACUUUCCGAGAUUGGCUACGAAUCACCUAAGUGACAAUUUUCAAACCCACCUCAGGUAAUUACAGUACAGACACUUUUUGGUUCUAUGUUCUGUCUCGAAUCACGCUGUCAACCGCCCUCUCCCGCUUAAUCAAUCAGUUAUUAUUUUUCCUUUAGCCUCUGGUCGUUCCCUUCAGUUCUGCCACCACACAGCAGGUCAUUAAACAACAUCAGGUAUUUUUGCAUUUCCUAGGCACUUAAUACCGCAGCAUCAUGGGCGCCGGCGUUGAAGGGCAGCAGCGCGAUGCGCUCGCUGAGGGGCGCCGCAUCUACCUGGGCAAUCUUCUCUACUCGGUGCAGCCGGAUGACGUCGUAGACCUGCUGCGCCAGGCCGGGUUCGUCGACUCGUUCGAGAAGCUGCACAUCUCCAUCGACCCCGUCAGCGGCAGGAACCCGGGCUACUGCUUCGCCGAGUUCCGCACCCGCGACGAGGCCGACCGGGCGCUGGGCUCCCUUCCCGGCAGCUCACUCUUCAACCGCCCGCUCAAGGUCGGCCCCUGCCACCCCAAGUCGUCGUCGUCCACCCCGUCUCGCCGCGGCGCAAAUGACCGGACCGGCGGUGACGGCUACACUCCCACUUUCCAGCGCUGGGGUGACUGGCGAGGGAACGAUGCGACGGACAGGCCCGCGGCGGCCGAAGACGGGGAGCAGGGCCCCUACGGCGCCCUCCGUCACCUGAACAGCCGGCGCCAGCGCAGCACGGAAAUAACUCAGCUGUACAUCGGCGGCCUGGGCAAGAUGGCCAACCAGCCGCAGCACGACGCCGAGAUGCAGGAGAUCCUAGCUGGCUACGAGUAUGUCGCCAUCGGCAAGCGCAUCACCCCGCGUGCCGAAACCCGGGCGAUUCCCGGCAAUCACCAUUACUGCUUUGUCGACUUCAGCUCCGCCGACGAGGCCGAGCGUGCCAUGAGGGAGCUAAACGGCAAGCCGAUCAAGGGCGGCGGCACCCUGCGCGUGUCGCUGGCGAGGAGCAAGGGCCCGGCCUUCGAACUAGAGGGGACCAAUUAUGGCCACAACUGGCGGAGCUCGGCCGCCCCGGGGGCGCCCUUGGGCAGGCGGCAGGAGAAUGCCAGGCGAGAGGGGCAGGGGGGGCAGGAGGGCCACAAGAGGCCGGCACGGGGCGAGCCGACGGAGAAGCAGAGGUCCAUCAUGGCCUCUAACAACUGGCGGUCUCAAGCCGCCGCCAAUUAGAGUUUGAGGAGGUAGGGAGAGAAAGGGAGAGAGGGAGGGAUGCAGGGGUGUAGAGCAGCAGACAAGGCCGACCAUCCACCACCACUCCCGCACUCCCUACCUACCUGGUACCUAUUCUCUACUUCCCAAGUUGAUGAGACCGCCUACGGACUCCCCCACCUCCAGACCGGCGCAGUUAAUGUAAGCCAAACUCAUCAUACCCGCACGCACGCGCGCACACACACACACACACACACCGUGUCUGUUACAGGAUUUGACUACCAGUGGGUCGGAUCUGACUGAGCUUCUGAGGCUCAUACGAGAGUUCCAGGAGUGCCUGCCACAGCGCUCAUACCGCUGUGGAUAGUUGACCACUGCAGCAUAUCUGACCAUGCUGUAGCAGUGUCCGA